AUGGCGGGUUCGAGAGGACCAGACAUGCAAGUUUCCAAUGACUCGGAUCAAGACAGAGAGACUUUAAGCUCUCACUUAAUCCUCGAACCAUCCUUACACCCUCGUGUUAAUGAAGCUAAGCUAUCACGCAAGAUAGACCUUCGUGUCUUGCCGAUAUUGUUCGCGAUAUACAUUGUAGCAUUUCUAGAUCGUGUCAAUAUUUCCAAUGCACUUACGUUGGGGUUGCCCGCGGAGCUUGGCCUGGUAGGCGACCAGCCAAAUAUCGCCCUCACUAUUUUCUUUGCGCCAUACAUCGUCUUCGAGAUCCCAUCCAACAUCCUUAUGAAGAAACUGGGUCCUCGUAUCUGGAUCUCUGCGUGUAUCCUAAGUUUUGGGGUUGUGAUGAUCGGCCAAGGAUUCGUUCAGAGCUUCGGCGGGUUGCUGGCUACCAGAUUCUUCUUGGGGCUCGCCGAGGCCGGCAUAUUUCCGGGUAGUUUCUACUUGAUUAGUUUCUGGUACGAGAAGGCCGAGGCUCAAAAACGGUUUACAGUCUACUGGUCAAGUACGAUUUUUGCUGGGGCCUUCGGAGGCUUACUUGCCAGUGCCAUUGCUAAUAUGGACGACAUCCGAGGCCUUAGCAGCUGGAGAUGGGUUUUUAUCCUAGAAGGCAUUGUGACCGUUCUUAUUGGCCUUUUAGCCUUUAUAUGCGUCACGGACUUCCCAAGAGAAGCCAAGUGGCUAUCUCAGGAAGAAAAAGAGUUAUUAUUACAGAAAACGGGGGCCAACGAGUCCCAUACAGUUCCUGUCACCACAAGAGAUGUAUUGACUUUCCUAACGGAACCUAAGCAAUGGUUUGCGGCCGUCAUGUACUUGACAAUAUUAAUCCCCUCUUAUUCCAUUGUAUACUUCCUUCCGACUAUCAUCCAAACCCUCGGCUAUACAACUAUACAAAUUCAACUACACUCGGUCCCCCCAUUUGCGGCAGCACUCGGUUUCACCAUAGUUAUAGCCUAUGCCUCUGAUAGGCUUCAAAUGCGUUCGCCCUUCAUCUUUCUCGGCCUCAUGCUACUAAUCGGCGGGCUUGCUAUCCUCAUCUCUGUUCACGGCGCCACACAUUUUUCAGCUGAGUACGCGGCACUUUGCCUUGUAGCUAUGGGUUCCUCUGGUGUUGGAGGGAAUAUUGUUUGUUGGUAUGUGAUGAAUCUACGGGGUCAUGUGGAACGAAGUAUCGGUUCUGCGUGGAUGAUUUGUUUUGGAAAUAUAGGCGGGAUCAUUGCUACGUUCCUCUUCUUAAAGAAAGAUGCGCCAUACUAUGUCUCGGGCUACUCGGUCUGCCUUGCUAUGAGCGCUCUUUGUGUGGUCUCAUGUGCUUCAUAUGGCCUGCUUAUCCGACGGGAGAUAAAAGCAAAUUUGGAGUAUGAAAUAGGCGGAAGUUCGAAGAAUCAGACUUUAUAUUUGUAA